AUGACUACCACGGUCGAGGUUGCGACAGUUCCGUCGACUGAUACUCCAGGAACCUGCAUCUACCUCCACCAUGACAAGAGAUCGUACAUCUUCGGCCAGGUGGCUGAAGGCACACAGCGAGCCUUUGGGAGUCGAAAGAUUCACAUGGGAGGUACAGAGCACGUCUUUCUCAGCGGAAGCAUUGGCUGGAACCAAAUGGGUGGUCUGAUAGGAUAUCUGCUCAGUGUUGGUGGCGCAAUCGAUGCAGCAAAGGAGCAUACGGUCACCGAAAAUGUCAAGAGGAAAGCAAAAGGGCAGAAGUUGCUAACACCUGCAAUUCACGGAGGCAUUGGUGUUCAUGGAGGAGACAAUCUUUGCCACAUAUUGGCAGCCUGUCGACCAGUCAUCUUUCGACAACCCAUCAGUGUACGGCCUCACGAAUUUCGGGAAGAUCCUCGAAGCAUCGACCCUACCAAGACGGAACCUGACUGGGUGGAUGACGCUGUUCGGGUGUGGAAAGUGCCUGCAAAGAGGGCUCGGUCGAGUAGUCCUCCGAAACGGCGUCACGAAGAAAUUUCAAACGGCAAUGGUGGGCAAUCACAAGACCAAACGUCGAAACGGCGAUCAGCGAUUUCCGACCCAGAAGUUGCCGGUAUGAUUGUGGAGCGGAUCAUGUUUAGCGGCAGCCUCAACAACAGGUCAGUCUUGCUACCUCGGAAAAUUCGCGAUUUAAAGCCUACAGACAAAGCGGUCAUCAUCAACGGCAAGACCAUGAGAGUCUACCGGGGACCAUUCGCUUCAGAUGACGUCGAGCUCUCAAAUCCAGACCUCACUGCCUGGGUGUUCCCCGACCCUGGUGACAACGCUGGGGACGGAAAGAAUGAAGACGUCCUGGCCAUCAAUCACUUUCCUCUCCCCAAAACCGCCUAUGGGGACACUUCGAUGUCUUAUAUCGUCAAGUGCCAUGAUCGAAGGGGUAAAUUUAAUGCCGUUGUUGCAAAGGAACAUGGUGUGCAGCCCCGAGACUUCAAGCUGCUAACCGCUGGGCAGUCGGUAGAAGGAAAGGAUGGUAAGGUGGUUACGCCUGAUAUGGUCCUAGGGGAGCGUCAGCCUGGAAAGGGUAUCAUCAUUGCGGACAUUGCCUCACCGGACUUCCUCGAGUCAUUCUUAGAGCGGCCAGAGUGGGAAUCUCCAGAGAUGAUGGAGCAUAUCUGCGUCAUAUACUGGAUUUUGGGUAGUGACUUGACCUCUGAUGCCCGGAUCAAGAAGUUCAUUGAGAAGCGCCCUCACAUCAAGCACAUUUUUUGCUCACAGGAUACAUGUCCCAACAUGAUUACGCAUCCUGGUGCUGCCGAAAUCCAAACCAAGCUACGAAGGAUUGACCCCGAACGCUUCCCCCUGCCAAAGUUUGACAACACCAUCAAGCAUCCCGCCCUGCCUGCCGGGUCACCCAUUGAGUUUGGCCGCUCAGGCAAAAAGUUCCAACUCAUGCCUCGCCUCACCUUUGACGACCAGGCAAUGGCCCCAUUCCCAGACUUGCUAGGUGCCGCAAAGUCGGUAGAUGAAGAGCUGAUAACGCUAGCCGAGGAAGCCAAAGCCGAGGCAACAAAUGCCGAAUUCCUAGCCCGAGUCGAAGAAACAGAAAAGGACAUUCCCAACAGAGAUGCUGAAAUCAUCCCAUUGGGAACCGGCUCGUCUGUGCCCAGCAAACACCGCAACGUCUCAGCAACGCUUAUUCGAGUUCCCGGUAUAGGAAACUACCUCCUUGACUGUGGUGAGGGCACCCUAGGCCAAAUUCGCCGAGCCUUUGACGCCGAGGAAACAGCCGAUGUCCUCCGUAACCUCAAAUGCAUCGUCAUCAGCCACGUCCAUGCCGACCACCAUAUGGGGACCGCAUCGCUCAUCAAAGCCUGGUAUGAGCAGUCCAUCCGCGACGGCACCAGCACCACACUCGCCAUCUCCUGCAUUGGGCGCUAUCGCAACAUGCUCGAAGAACUAUCCCAGGUCGAGGACCUAGGCUUUCACCGCCUCCGCUUCCCUAGCUGUCCCUUCCCGAACGGCAAGGACCGCGACAUGACCACUGCAGAAGACCUCGGCGAGGAAAACUUUGGCCUCGCAUCCAUCAAGCGCAUCCCUGUCCCUCACUGCUGGCGCUCGUACGGCACGCAGCUCGAACUAACGUCUGGUCUGCGCAUAGCAUACUCGGGCGACUGCAGGCCCUCGAGCGCCUUUGCUCAGGGCUGCAAGGGAGCCCACCUGCUCGUUCACGAGUGCACAUUCGGCGACGAUAAACAGGAUCACGCCAAGGCCAAGAAGCACUCCACCAUGGCAGAGGCGCUUUCUGUGGCGCGAGAGAUGGAAGCCCGGAGAACACUGCUGACGCAUUUUUCGCAACGGUACUCCAAGGCAGAUUCGUUGAAGCGCGACCGGGUACAUGGCGAAGAGCAUAGCGUCUUGCUGGCGUUUGACUUGAUGAGAGUCAAGUUGGGGGAUUUCCAAAAGGCAGCGUGCUACGUCCCUGCCGUGCAGAAGUUGAUGGAGAAACUGGCGGAUUAG